GCCCCAAAAUUGAGCCCAUUUCUUUAUCUUCACGCGCGCGCGCGCACACACACACACCGUCGCACACCUACGCCGCCUCCCCCCCCACUUCUUCCUCGGCGGCAGCGGCCGCCCUCUUCCUCUUGAUUCCGGCGAAGAUCAGCUCGCUGAACCACCAUCAUCAUAACCGACAUCUCACUCUGUUCUGUCUCCAUCUCUCGUUCGACACCCUAGAUCCCCAAAUCUGCCGCCGCUGCCUCCCUUUCCGGCGACGGCGCCGUUUCCAAUAACCUUCGGCGACAGCAGCCACCGCCGUCCGUCGACUCACAGUCCUCAUCUCUCCUCCUGGACCGGACACUCACACAACAACACCAACAGCCCAAACCGAACCCGAGCUCGUUCGACAAACACAGCACACCUACUCAGUUUAAAUCAUAUUAUGGCCCCGAGAUGGAAAGGGAAAGCAGCCGAAGCAAAAGCUCUAGCAGAGCCAAUGUCGGUAGUAGUCUCGCAGCUUCAAUCCUCUCUGCUCGAAUCUGAUUCUCAAGGACUGCUUUCCGGGUGUGCCGUGCUUCUGGAAGCUCUCCCACACCAAACUGAACUACUAAACCGAGCUUGUUUUGGGCGCCCUGUUAUAACCGCGGACAAGGAUAAGCAGUGGCACCAACUAAGUUUCGAAGAAGCUCUCUACUUGUGCUUUGUCUUGAAAUGCAUCAAGGUUGUUGGUGAAAAUAAGUGCGCGAAAAAUGAUCAAGAGCUGUGGCGUUACAUGACGGCCAAGAGGGUUGGUUUCCCCAUUCUGUUUAAAGCGUAUUCUCAUCUUCGCAGGAAGAACUGGGUGGUGAGGGCGGGGGUCCAAUAUGGUGUCGACUUUGUUGCCUACCGUUAUCAUCCAGCUCUGGUGCACUCUGAAUAUGCAGUCCUUGCCUUGUCCGACGAGGAUGCAGAUGCGAACACCCGGUUGAAGGCGUGGUCCGAUUUUCACUGCACUCUUCGACUCUGUGGUAGUGUUGCCAAAACCUUGCUGGUUCUUCACAUCAGCAAAAACGGUAACGACGCAGUCUCUCUUUCCAGUUUGGAGCAUUACUCCGUCGAGGAAAGAAUUGUGACGAGGUGGAAUCCUGAGGUAAGUCGUGAGAAUCAAACUAUGAUAGUGAAGAAAUGAUGUAAUGAAUGAGUGAUGUAUAUGUAGUAGAGAGGUAAAUUGUAUGACCAUGUGAAACGCUAUUAUUGUUUACAUGGCAAUUUCUUUGACAAAGAUGCUUGUUCAAUCUUCCUGUAUUUAUGUAAGAAAGGAUUCAAUUUU